AGGGAUUAUAAAUGCAGGCUGGCAGGCUGUGGCUCUAGCUCUUUUCCCUCUAUGUGGGUAUGUGUGUGUCAGCGGUCUGCGUGGACAUACAUCUGACUUUCACCUACAGCCACACAUUCCUUUCAGUCCAAAUCAAAGCAGUAGGGAGAGAGAGAGAGAGAGCGAGAGAGCGUCCAUGAGAGAGCAGCAAUUGGUUUGAAAAAUGUGUGUAUGUGCUUGUGUGUGAGAGAGCGUGAGCGAGAGAGAGAAACAGAGAGAGAGUGUGUGCAUGAGAGGACAGCAAUUGGUUUGAAAAUAUGUGCAUAUGCUUGUGUGUGAAAUAGAGAGAGACAGAGAGAGAGAGAAAGGGGCGGAAGAGAAGGAGUGAGACUGCGCUCGAGUGUGAGGGCUGAAGCUGAGACGGAAAGAAGACAGGGAGUCGGGAAAAGAAGGAAGAAUUUCACCACGGAGCCUGAAAACAGCUGCAACAAAAAGCAGAAUGUGGCAGGACUUCCUGUGGGUGUGUGUUGGAGGAGCAGCAGUCCUGUAUGCGCUGUACUCCUGGCUGAUCCCCGCGGCUGUGCAGUAUAAUGGCUGGUGGGCUCUCCUGUGGCACGACCUCAUCGUGGAGCGCAUGCUUGACGCCCUCAUGGGCUCCACGCGACCCCAGCGCCUCCUACGUGCGGUGCAGAAAAAUUCCACGCGGGGAGACCCCCAGAGCGUCAUCUCUGCAAUCGACCACUUCUGCCGACAUAAGGAGUGGGCCAUGAACGUAGGCGAUGAGAAAGGCUCCAUCCUGGACGGCGUGGUGAGCGAGGUGAACCCCAGCACUGCUCUGGAGCUGGGGACGUACUGCGGGUACUCCACGGUCCGCAUCGCGCGCCUGCUGCCCCCGGGGAGCCAGCUCAUCACGCUGGAGUUCAACCCAGCGUACGCGGCUGUGGCCAAGCAGGUCAUCGCCUGGGCGGGCCUCCAGGACAAGGUUCAGCUGGUUGAAGGGCCUUCUGGAGACCUGAUUCCCCAGAUGAAAGAGCUCUUUGGGGUGAAGUCUUUUGACUUGGUUUUCAUAGACCACUGGAAGGACCGCUACCUUGCUGAUGCCCAACUGCUUGAGGAGUGUGGCCUGCUCAGGAAAGGUAGUGUGCUGCUGGCGGACAACGUCAUCUGUCCCGGGACCCCCGAAUACCUGGAGUACGUCCGAAACAGCCCCCGCUACGAGAGUCGUUACUUCAAAUCCCACCUGGAGUACACCCAGGCGGAGGAUGGGCUGGAGAAAUCCGUCUUCCUGGGAUAGAGGGAGAGAAACACGGCCACAUCCCACGCGUCCUACGGUUUACAGAAGCAAGAAGGCUCUCCUGCUUCAGGAUUAGCAGAAGCGCUAACUGCAGUGCUCCUGUGGCCUAUAUACACACUCAGCGAGCACUUUUCGACUUAUUUCUUAGACAUAAGUGAUUCUGCUACUGUAGCCUAUCCACUUAGAGGUUUGACGUGUUGUGUGUUCGGAGUGAAUUCUACGGUUGUAAUGCGUGGUUAUUUGCGUUACUGUCACCUUUCGACCAGUCUGCCCCUUCUCCUCUGACCUCUCUCAUUAACAACACGUUUCUGCCCGCAGAACUGCUGCUCACUGGAUGUUUUUUGCACCAUUCUCUGCAAACUCUAGAGUCUGUUAUACGUGAAAAUCCCAGGAGAUCAGCAGUUUCUGAGAUACUCAAACUCAUCAACAAUCAUUUCAUGUCACUUAGAUCACAUUUUUCCUCAUUUUGACAUUUGGUCUGAACAACAGCUGAACCUCUUGACCACGUCUGCAAGCUUUUGUUACUUAGUUGUCGCCACGAUUGGCUGAUUAAAUAUUUGCAUUAACAAGCUAAUGUACAGGUCUACCUAAUAGUGUAGAUAUUACAAAAUAUCAUGUCAGUUCAAGAUGGACAGGCAACAUUAGAGUGACUCAAUAUUUGAAGUCUGCUACUGAAGGAAAGGUGAAUUGGAUUAUAAUGUGCAAUAUGACUAAAGAAAACUGAACUAAUCUGAAAGUAGAAAGCCCAGAGGGAGUUUUUGUUGCAUACAAUCUAUAUUUUUUAUUGGAUUUUAGGCAUCAUGUACAAUUUACAAAGAACCAUCAGCUGCAUUAGUAUACAUUUGUACAUACUACUCACUACAUACAACCCAUAAAACACGAUAAAAAUGUUAUGUAUAUUUCUUGUGAAUAAUUUCAGUGUCUGAGAUUUCAUGAACCAAAAACAGUGCCAAUGUAUACUUACUUUCCCUUUGUGAUUGCGUUUUAUAUGGGGUUUUAAUAAAUGCUUAGACAUUUGAAAGAUAAAACCUUAAAAAGUAAUAAAUAUUACAAUUUGUGAAA